UGCUCAAGAUGCAAGUAUCUUGUCCUAACAAUGUAAAAAUUUAUAACUUGAGCGCUGGAAAAUCUCUUCCAGAGUGGUUGUCAGAGCGCAAAAGACGUCACUUAUCAAAGAAAAAUGUCGAUAUACGACGUCGAAUUGAACUUAUCCAAGACUUUGACAUGCCUGCAGUUAGCACUUCAAUUAAAAUUGCUAAAGAUGGAGAAUAUAUUUUAGCAACAGGUAUAUACAAACCAAGAGUGAAAUGUUACGAUGUGAACAAUUUAUCUUUAAAAUUUGAAAGAUGUUUUGAUUCUGAAGUUGUUACCUUUGAAAUAUUAUCUGAUGAUUAUAGUAAGCUUGUAUUUUUACAUUGUGACAGAAGCAUUGAGUUCCAUGUUGCUCAUGGAAAAUAUUACAGACUUAGGGUACCUCGUUUUGGAAGGGACAUGAAAUAUCAUUAUCCAUUGUGUGAUCUUUUUAUUGUGGGAGACAGUAAUGAGAUUUACAGGAUAAAUCUUGAAAGAGGACAGUUUUUACAGUCUUUCUCAACAGAGGCACCAUCCAUAAAUAAAUGUGAAAUAAAUCCACUACAUCAUCUUCUUGUUGUUGGUACAGAAGAGGGAAAAAUAGAAGCAUGGGAUCCUCGAACUAGAAAUAAAGUUGGCACUUUGGAUUGUGCUUUACAUUGUCUAGGACAAGACAAUAAAUUAGAAACAGUACCUGCAAUCACUAGUUUAAAAUUUCAAGGAGGCUUAACACUUGGAGUAGGUACAUCCACAGGACAAGUAUUGUUGUACGAUAUCCGUUCGAGUAAACCAUUUUUAAUAAAAGAUCAUAUGUAUGGACUGCCCAUAAAAAAUAUCGAGUUCCAUCAAAACCUAGAUAUGGUGUAUUCUAUGGAUAGUUCUAUUGUAAAAAUAUGGGAAAAAGAUAGUGGUAAAUUGUAUACAUCUAUAGAAGCGCAAAACGAUUACAAUGAUAUGUGUAUUAUACCAGAUACUGGAAUGCUUUUAAUGGCUAAUGAAAAUACGAAAAUGCAAACAUACUAUAUUCCUAGCCUUGGACCAGCUCCUUACUGGUGCAGUUUCCUGGACAACCUAACAGAAGAAUUGGAGGAAUUAAAUUAUGAUAUUAUUUACGACGAUUAUAAAUUUGUCACUGAAAAAGAGUUGGAUGAAUAUUUUAUGGAUAUUCGAUUAUAUAGGAAAGCAAGAGAUGUAAUGAAACCAUUUGAAUUCGAAGAAUAUAAAAAGAAGAAAAUUAAGCAGAAAAUAGAAGAAACUUUUACCAGUAGGGUGCAGAUUCAAAAGAUGCCAAGUGUAAAUAAAGAACUUGCGUUAAAGUUAAUGGAUAAUGAGACGAAUCCGAAGAAAAGGAAAAGAGGCUCUUCCGGUCUUUUAACAGAUGAACGUUUCAAACAACUGUUCACCAAUCCAGACUUCGAAGUUGAUAAAAAUUCGCAGGAAUAUACGUUGUUAAAUCCCGUUAUUUCGCAACUUAGUAAGAGUAAAUUGAAGAAGUUAAAAAUUAAAGCAGUUGAAGAAAAAAUGGAAAUUGAUCACGUGGAGGACGACGAACGCCAUGAUAAUAGUUCAGAUGAAAGCUUCAUUCACGACGAUAGUAGUUCAGAGGAUGAAAAACAGUGGGUUAGACAAGUGAAAAAACAGUAUCGAUUAAUAAAGAAGAAUGAAAGACAAGCAGAAGAAAGUGACGAAGACGUAAAAGAUACUAACGAACGUGUUGGAAAUCAACCUCAACUUUAUGAAAUUAAAGAAAAUGUAGAGUUUAAAGAUGCGAAACCGGUAGCGAAAAGGCAGAGCAAGGCCACUUUGGGAGAAAGACUGCAAACUCAAGGCCAGGAUGUUAAAGCUUCUAGUUCUCGUGGUAACAGGCAAAUGACUUUUGUCAUUGAAAAGGUAAACUCAAAUAAUGAAUCAAAGAAUGGGAAAGAUCCUCUUACACAAAACCGUGAAGAAACGAUGCAGAUAUCUACACCAUCUGGAUUCUCAGACCUACAGAUGCAAAGUACAGAAGUUGGUGAAAUCACAGAAAUGCCUGACUUUGAAAUGCUAAGUACAUCUGCAGUGCUUCAUUAUUGUAAGCACAAAAUAUUAAGGCCAUAUCUGAAAUUGUUAAGUGUAAUGGGCUUGAAGCCAAUGAGCAGCGAUGAUUCAGAAUGGUGCUCCUGUUAUUGCCUUUUGGCAAAUCUUCAUACCCUUCAAGUCACAAUAUUCAUGUGUAUUGGAUACAUAUUACAAUAUAUGGCAUGUUUUAGAAGAGACAGAGGAUUUUGUUACAAAGCAGAGCCUUUAAAAUUUCAAACUGUUCUAAACAUCAGCACAGAGCACAGAGAAGAAAUUAAUUGCUUUGGAAAUAUUAUAUUUAGUUACUUGAUUCCCAGCAUUUUGCAUCUAGUUGCAUAUUUAUAUACUGUAUAUCUCCUCCGAAUCAAAGAAAAUGAGCAGCUGCAAAAUUUAAUGGAAAGAGCAUUCCUUCUAUCUUCUAAUCCUGUAAAUCGUGGAAAUCAAAGAAAACUUGUGCGAAUUUUGUGGCUAUUUAUAGCACUGAGCCUUGUAUGGAUAAUUAUGGCAUUCAUUACAGUAAAUGUUCUGAUGGCCCAAGAAAGCAUUGUAUUCCAGUGGUUAGAGCACAGUCCAUAUCAAGUAAAAAUAACAUUGAAGGUGCUUUUAAUUAUAUGCACACUAUGGCAUGAUAUGGUACAAGGAACAAUUAUAACCAGUUAUUGCCUACAAGGGCAGCUUUUACUGGCACAUCUGUACUUUCUCCAUGGAAAACUCCUUCAUCGUACUUUACCUCCCAUCGAUUGGAUGAGGGAAAUUUGCGAAUUUAAAAAGCUACUGAAAUAUUUCAAUGACGAACUAGGGCCGGCCGUAUGCAUCUAUACAGUUGUGAAUUUAUCAUGGGCUGCUGCUGGUACAGUUUGGUUGCUUCAGUACGAUAAUAGUGAUGCAGAAAGUAACCCAGUCACUUGGAUCGGAAUAAUAAACGUAAUCCUAUGGAUUUUAAUAUCAAUGGUUCCUUUUAUUCAGGCAGCUCGUUUAACUGCUGCUUGUUCUAUGAUUCAAAGUAUCGGACACGAAGUGCGCAUUCGGCCAUUUGUUUAUCAAAGUACUCCGGGCGAAGAUCUUGACACAAUACUUUUGUAUACGUCGUCGUUAAAAAUGUGUGCCAGACUCUUCAGAAUACCAAUUACGGGGAGAUAUCUUUGUCUUCUACUGACCAUAGGCAGCAUUUUGAUCAUCAUACUAGGACAAUGUCAAUUUCUCUAAUUGUUUUCUUUAUUACAUAUGUGAUAAA